AUGACAAUCUAUCUCACUCGCACUCGUGAGCUGCUGGCUGUCGAACGGUUCAAUGACUCUGGCGACCAGUUUCUAUUUUCUCUCUGGUUCUGUCGUCGGCUCGACCUGCAAGGAAGGGGGUCUUUGUUUGCGUUUCACGUUCGCGUCGCACGGGUGGCUCCAUCUAACAGUGCAAGUGCAGUGAGGUGCAGUGUACAGGAGCGAGCGUGGGUCGGUGCGGCCACGGCGAGCGAAGUGCGCGGAGGUGGCGGCGGGCGCUCGGCCAUGACCGGCGACAUGCCUCUAGGGAGCGCGCACGCGUUCGGGCGCGCGUUGCUCCGGGACGGGGCGCUGCCGCCGCUGGAGCCCGGGCCUCCCGCGCCGCCGGCGACCACCGCGCAGCCUCCCGACAAGCGGCCGCUGUCCGCCGCCGCCAGCCCCGAGCAGGUCAUGAAGCUCUACAUGAACAAGCUCACGCCGUACGAGCACCGCGAGAUAUUUGACUACCCCCAAGUGUACUUUAUAGGCGCGAACGCUAAAAAGAGACCCGGCCUGCUCGGCUUCCCGAACAAUUGCGAGUACGACAACGAGCAGGGUUCCUACAUACACAUACCGCACGACCACAUAGCGUACCGUUACGAGGUGCUCAAGGUGAUAGGUAAAGGGAGCUUCGGGCAGGUGGUGAAGGCUUUCGACCACAAGAAGAGGGAGAACGUCGCGCUCAAGAUGGUGCGCAACGAGAGGCGGUUCCACCGGCAGGCGCAGGAGGAGAUCCGCAUCCUGGAGCACCUGCGGGACCUGGACAAGGACAACACCAUGAACGUGAUCCACAUGUUCGACUCCUUCACCUUCAGGAACCACACGUGCAUCACGUUCGAACUGCUCUCGAUCAAUCUGUACGAGCUGAUCAAGAAGAACAAGUUCCAGGGGUUCUCGCUGCAGCUGGUGCGGAAGUUCUCCCACAGCCUCCUGCAGUGUCUGCACGCGUUGAACAAGAGCCGCAUCAUCCACUGUGAUAUGAAGCCGGAAAACGUCCUUCUGAAGCAACAGGGACGUUCGGGAAUCAAGGUGAGUUUAAUAUAA